AUGUCUUCACCCGGACACUACCCUGGUUAUAUUGCUGGUCGUACUACGAGUUUCCGUGAUGUCAUUGUAUUGUCACCACCUUUUUCGGAUGAGUGGAACGGCCUCGACGGCGCUUGGACUCACAGAUUUUUAAAAAAAGCAGAAGCGCUCAAUCCAAAAGAUUUUGAAAUUUUAAAGGUCAAGGUAGAUUCUGAACGUUCAAAAAAUGGGUUGCAGGCCUAUUGGGAGGGAGUAAUCCAUAAACGGAAGAAG